AUGGAGGAAGACAGAAAAGAGCACUACUCACUUCGCAAGGACCGCAGUUCAGGAAGGUGUGAUGGAUAUCCCGUACCAAAGCUUGACGUGAGCUUUCCAUUGGAGCCUCGGGAAGAAGCGUGGGUGAAGGAACUACAAGAUUCCAAAGAAAUGAAGCAAUUACUUGAUUCCAAGAUAGGUUUUGAGAUCGGGAUAGAAAACGAAGAUGAUACUUCGAAACAGAAAAAACUGGAGAACAUGUACCCAUUUAUUGUUACUCUAGAGGGGAAUGCUCUCCACGGGCCCAUCUUGCAGAAGGACUAUGUACAGUUGGGGAAUCAAUGGGAGAGCCCCCCAGAGGAUUUACAGACAGAUUUAACAAAACUGGUAGAUCAUCAGGACCGCCCGGCAGGAGAGAAACCUGAAAAUUCCAACGUGGAAGAACCUCUUAACCCCAGGCCCCAGAAGAAAAAGAGUCCAGGGGACAAACCUCACCGAUGUCCUCAGUGUGGGAAGUGUUUUGCUCGGAAGUCCCAACUUACGGGGCACCAGAGAAUUCACUCAGGAGAGGAGCCCCAUAAAUGCCCUGAGUGUGGAAAAAGAUUCCUCCGUAGUUCAGACCUUUAUAGGCACCAACGGCUUCACACAGGGGAGAGACCCUAUGAGUGCACCGUGUGUAACAAGCGAUUCACUCGGCGGUCACACCUGAUAGGCCACCAGAGAACCCAUUCUGAAGAAGAAACGUACAAAUGCCUGGAGUGUGGGAAAAGCUUUUGUCAUGGAUCGAGUCUCAAAAGGCAUCUGAAAACGCAUUCGGGUGAAAAACCUCACAGAUGUCCCAGUUGUGGUAAAAGUUUUAGUAGACUGACAGCUCUAACUUUGCAUCAGAGAACUCACACAGAAGAGAGACCUUUUAAAUGUACUUACUGUGGGAAAAGCUUUAGACAGAGACCAAGCCUUGUUAUUCAUUUACGAAUCCAUACAGGGGAGAAGCCAUAUAAGUGUAGUCAUUGUUCUAAAAGCUUCAGGCAGAGGGCAGGCCUUAUUAUGCACCAGGUCACUCACUUUAGAGGACUUCUUUGA